GUUCUGUGGUCUUUGCAUCAAAAUUUUAAUUCCUACACGCUUUACAGAAUGGCUCCGCUCGACAAGGCUGAGGAAGACGCGCUCAUCCAGCAGAUCUUAGAGCAGCUGUCACAAACGCCAUAUGCCUGCUCUUCUCUGACGAAGCUGAGCGGCGGGACGGCCAACUUUCUAUAUCGUGGCACCCUGCUUCAAUCCCUCUACUCGCAAGAUGGAGCCACGAAGGCAACAACCAAGACCGUCGUCGUCAAAUCUUCCACGAAUUUUGCGGCUGCUAAUCGCGAUUUCCCACUCGAUGUAACGCGCUGUGUCUUUGAAGAGACCAUGCUUCGCGCCCUCGUCGACUUCCUGUCUACCACCCCAAACACAGUGGUCAAGGCCCCUCGUCUCUAUCUGUUCGAUCGAAGGACAAACACGCAAGUCCUAAAACAUCUCCUCAAUACUACUGACCUAAGGUCGAUCUUGCUCUCGCCUAGCGUCAACAAUUUCCUGCCUCAAUCCAGCCCGGCUUCCGUCGGCCAUGCGCUGGGGUAUUGGCUUCGCUCAUUCCACAGGUGGAUCUCAGCGCCUGCUCAGGCCGCUCUCCGUGCAGAAGUUGGGUCUAAUGAGGGGAUGCGGAAGCAUAAAUUUCUCAUCACGUACGGUAGCUUUCUCGAGAUACUCGAACUUUAUCCAGAGCUUGUCGAAGACCACAGGAAAACGUUGGAAGAUGUCGAGGACGCAAUGAAAAAGGAGUUCGACAAGCCCCCGAUAGAUGGAGAUGAUGAUUGGGGACUCAUCCACGGCGAUUUCUGGACGGGCAACGUUCUGCUCCCGAACACCUCCUGGCAAGAACCACAACAGCCAGGCCAAGAAUCCAACAAGCUCUUCAUCAUCGACUGGGAGAAUGCUCAGUUCGGCCACCGCGCCAUUGACAUCGGCGGAAUGUUGGCCGACCUGUACGAACGGAAACAUUUCAAUGAUGUCGAUGCCGUCAUCCCCGCCAUGCACGGACUCGUCCAAGGCUACGGCCGACUAAGUGAGGAGAUGGCCUUUCGUACGGCCAUUCAUGUUGGCGUGCAUCUGAUCUGCUGGUACUAUAGGCGUGACCGAACUGCUCCGUUGCGUCCUCCCCUAAACCAGGUCCUCGCUGCUUUGACGCUGGGGAGGGACUUUGUGCUCAAGGGAUGGGAGAAGGAUAGGAAUUGGUUUGAGAGCAGUGUGCUCACGCCCUUGUUUGCAGGGAAAUAGUCGCAAAGUAGCAAUGAGCGGCUGUUUUUAACUAAAACAAAAGUCCUUCUGGGAUGGUUGUUUUAGGUCCCGACUUAUGAGUUGACAACUCUUUGGUGGUGAUUCAAUACCUUACACGUAGCACCUCUACUCAUAUCUUCUUUAUAUCCUCCACCACACAGCACGAGUUCGCCAUGUUCACGCAGCCUCCGAUGUAUAAAUCCGUUGGCGGCGUUGUUCCAAAUCCCUCCUAUAGCCACGCUCACACCGUAUUUGCCUGUAAAACCCGAGUAUGCCG